AUGUCACGUCCAGUUUUGUUGAAGGAGGAUCAGAAGUACCAUAUCGGUUUUGGUACAUCCAGAGAGCGAGAAUUCUAUAAGUACUUACCGCCGUAUCACCUGAAUGCGGACGCUUUGCAGCACCUCGGACCUGUCACACCAUCAAAACAAUAUGCUGCCCACUCCUCGGUUGACCCUGUCUUAACAGCAUUUGCACAGUUGGGUGCCUUGCGGCUGAAUGCGCAGCGAGCAUUGAUUUCGCUAUUUGGCCGACACGAACAACACGUUCUCACUGAAGCAACGCGCACCCUUAGUUUGCAAGAUGACGGCGAUCAUAAUUCUCAUGAUGAGCUCUGGGUUGGAAGCUGCACCAUGUCAUAUGAGCGCAGCUUGUGCAAAGCGGUCAUGAACUCCACGCCAAAUGUGACUGCUGCCAGUGACCGUGUCUUUGUUGUGCCAGAUCUUACAUUGGAUGACACGUUCAAGGACCAUCUAGAUGUCGUAGAGUUUCCAAACCUGCGUUUCUUGGCGUCAAGUCCAAUCAUCAGUCCGAAAGGCAUUGUCAUUGGUGCCUAUACGAUUCUAGACGAUAAGCCGCACGAUCCUCUCGAGAUCAGUCUACAGAGAUUUCUUGUCGAUAUUUCAAUCACUGUUAUGAAUUAUCUGGAUACGACUCGUUCUCAGGGUCAGCAUCUUCGGAGCGAACGAAUGAUUGUCGGUCUUGGGAGCUUUCUCGAGGGCAAAGGUAGUCUGCGUAAUUCGUGGCUUGUCGACUCUGAUAAUUGUCAGACUACCCUCACCUAUAAUAAUCAUGCAGAGGGCCGUGUCAACUUGAACCAACAGCAAAUGCAGGUUUCGCAGAGCAUUGCCGAUACCAUGCUGCAACCCCCUACUACUGGUCACAUGCCUUUCCGGCCUUACAAUCUUCACAUCCCCCGAAGUAAACUUCCUCAAGCGUCAUGUGCAAGGGAUGAUCUUUCUGACGGCACGAAGACUAGCCGGCCACACGCAAAAGCGCAAACAAGGCUUAAGCGGGCGCCUCAAGCAGCUAUCGCAAAUGGCAAAGGAAGGCUAGGUCAACAGUCGCCUAAAGAUGGUUAUACAGCUAAGAUUCAGGACACGUUCUCACGUGCAUCCAAUCUCAUUCGUGAGAGUAUCGAGGUUGAAGCUGUGGUCUUUUUUAGCGCCAAUUUUCGUUCUCAGGAGUCUUUGGUGAAUAAUGCAAAGUCUGAUACCGAGGGUAGCAGCUCUGAAACUUGCUCUUCGGGUGAAGACGAUUCCACAUCUCGAGGAUUGCAGCAAACAGACCCUUUUUACGAUAAGUUGGCUCAAAAUGGCGGUAAAUCCACGUUAAAUCCGUGCGAAAUACUCGGAUUUGCGACCUCAAACACCUCUAGUAUAAACCAUCAAGUGACAGAAGAUAACAAGAUUGCUUUGUCGGAGUCCUUCCUCGCGGGACUGUUACACCGAUAUCCUCGUGGGAAGAUCUUCAACUUUGGUGUAGAUGGAGCAAUAUCUUCUGAUGAUACUAGUGAUGGGGUCUUCGACAGAUUCUUCCGACGCACUGGGUGCAAGAGAUACAAAAGGACACGGAAGACACUACUACGCACGGAUGCCCAGACACUGCUCCAGCUCGCUCCGGAAUCUCGCAGUAUCGUCUUCACCCCGAUGUGGGACUCACACAAGGACAGAUGGUAUGCAGGGAGUUUGACAUGGACAAGAGCAGCCCACCGUGUCUUUACAUCCGCUGAUGAAUUGGCUUUCCUCUUGACAUUUGGAAACAGCGUUAUGGCCGAAGUGCACCGGCUCGGAGCCCACUUUGCUGAACGCGCAAAAUCAGACCUCCUCGCGGGGCUUAGCCACGAACUUCGGUCCCCCCUCCAUGGAAUUUUUGGCACAGCAGAGCUUUUGAACGACACCAUUAUAGAUGCGCUACAGCGAGGCUUUAUUCACACGAUCUCUUCAUGUGCAUUCACACUCCUUGGUUCGAUCAAUCAACUUCUCGAGUAUGCUAGCAUCAACGAUAUUCGGCCGAGCUCUGUUGUGAAUUCUCCUAGUGGGAAUAUCCGCGAUAUACCUGGGGAACAAAUUACCUCAGCGUGCCGUUCUUCCUAUCCGGGCAAGGUCGACCCCGAUACUUAUGUUGAACUUGAUAGUGUUGUUGAAGAGGCGGUAGAAACAGUUUUCGCUGGUUAUUCAUUUCUAGGCAACUCACGUUCUCCUCUUCGAGGUGUCUCUGGGACUUCGAGCUCAAAUCACAAAUCGUUCGAUACACAGGGUGGGGUCAAAGUAAUUCUCGAUAUUGACUGCGCCAAAAGUUGGAAAUUUUCUACCCGGCCUGGAGCUUGGCAUGUGAUUCUCACUAACAUUUUUGGAAAUGCCUUGAAGUUUACACAGAAAGGCCACAUUCGUAUUUCGAUGCAGGCCACGCCAGCCCAAUACGGGGCUGACGGUAAGGUGGUGAGCUCAAAGAUCACAGUAACCACUCAAGAUACUGGGUGUGGUAUGGAUCCAGAGUAUCUUAAAAACGGGCUGUUCACUGCGUUUUCACAGGAGGAUAGUAUGACCAUCGGCAAUGGUCUUGGAUUCAACAUCACUCGCCGCAUUCUAGAAUCUCUAGGCGGGUGUAUUCAAGUCAAUUCGCAAAAGAACGUUGGGACUGAGGUUAUCGCAACAGUGAUUCUUGGUCAUACAUUCGACCAUGAAGCUCUCGGCCACACUCCUGGUCAGUUCUCUAUUCCCAACACCAAAAAGCUCACUCGGUCCAAAUCCGUUGGAAUAUUGGGCCUUGGGACAUCCGAUCUAGACAUCGCUCUACGCACAUCAUUGCAAAAUGUGUGUCAAAAUUGGCUCGAAAUGGAUGUCCACAUUAUUCUUCCCUCACAGACACAAUUUACACAUUGUGACUUUUAUAUCUCUCCUCAUGAACACCUUGACAUUGGGAAUUCGGAGAUUCAGGCAAUUGCCCCCGAUCAAAAUAAUCAAUUGACAUCGCCUGUCAUCUUAAUAUGCUCAUCCCCAAGAGUUGCGCAUUCUAUGUUUGCAGGGGCUCGUAAUCGAAGGGAUACAGAUGUCCAUGAGUUUAUUAGUCAACCAUGCGGGCCACACAAAUUGGCAAAAACGUUCGAGGCGUGUAUCAAACGCCAGCAGGAGCGGAUGGAUUAUAUCUUGAGCAAAGCAGAACCAUCAGACAUUCCAUUAAACACCUCAGCCCCAGUUGGCUUGAGUCUCUCUAAAAGAGACUCGCUUGUUUCUCCAACCUCACCGAUUCCGGAGUCCACCGGCCAGCCUAUGGUCACCAUAACGGAUCGCUUAGCCCAAAUGCAUAGCCGGCCUCGAAGCUUCUCACCAAAGCCAGGAAGUCCUGUUCACGACGUCACUCGCGGCCCUUGUGCCGAGUCUAUCAAUCAUUUCACCACCAGAUCGGAUCAACAUGUCCCAGGUCAAGAUGAUCCUAUCUCUAAUCCUGGAUCUAAUCCUCCGCUCAUGGUACUUCUUGUCGAUGACAACGACAUCAACAUCAGACUUUUAAUCGCCUUCAUGAAGAAAUUGAAAUGCAAUUAUGGAAUUGCCCAAAACGGAGAGGAAGCCCUCCAAUUUUUCAAAUCAAACUUCAACAAGAUUGGCAUGGUUCUCAUGGAUAUUUCUAUGCCAAUCAUGAACGGUCUUGAAUGCAGUAGGCGAAUCCGUGAAUUCGAGAACACACUGGAGGGCCAUACUCGUGUGACAAUCGCCGCUCUGACCGGCCUCGCCCAAGCCGAUGUACAACGUGACGCGAUCGGUUCCGGUAUGGAUUUGUUCGUGACAAAACCCGUACGCCUCGAUAGUUUGGUACCACUCAUCAAAGACGUGUUUCCCAAAAGUCAUCCCAUAUGGCAGGGACAGGCAUGA